AUGGAAAACGUGGUGGAGUGUGGUGCUUGUGGGGGGUGCGGGGCGUGUGGAGGGGGGGCGGCGUUGGCUGUGUUGGAGGAUGUACAGCGAGCGCACCGCGACCGCGUCGACCUUGUUGAUAGAAUUGGAGGCGCUGACAAACUACAGAGGAAAGUGGAAGCUCUGCAGUCGUGGGUGAAUGAUCUGGUGGCCCAAAAUACGCUGCUGGCGAGCACUGUCGAAGAGUUGGAGACGGAGCUUACAUCGCGUCUGCUGGAGAAGAGACGACAUGCUGAAAUAGAGAUCGAGCUCCGGGCUGAAGCAGAGGUCCUGCGCAGGAGACUUGCCCGUAAGGAUUCUGACCUACGCGGCCUCUUGGAGGUCCUGCGCCGUUUGAGGGAGUUUGACUUCUACGCGAUUGAUGGCAUACACUUCAAUGAAGUUACCGAGUCUGAUAUAUUUGGAUCUGCGUUAUGGAAAAAGUCUAAACUGGAACAGGGUUACCAGAGCUCCUGGGGGAUUGGGUUUAGAGUCGGCAAUGUGUUUGCGAUGUGUCUGGGAUUGCAGAUGUCAGGGGAGGAUUUUCCUUAUAAAGACAAGAAUAAAGUGAUGUGCGACAAAGUGAACGAGAUCAAAAUAAUGAACGAUUCUCUGAAGAAGGAAAACGCGAAUAAAGAAAGAGAAAUUAGAAGAUUAAAUAAGGAUAUUGAACACUACGAGCAGACGAUAACAUCUCUGAGGAACGAACUGGCCAUCAGCAAUUUUCGUACACCCGAUGUACCGAAAAAGGACGCGCAGGUGAUGGCUGACAUAUGUUGUACGAAUAAGCACGAGUCGUCGAGCGAGUUGCUCAGUCUCCGUCAAACGAACGCGUCCCUCCGCGAGGAGGUUCGUGCGUUGCAACGCGUGUGCGCGGCUCUGGACGAGCAGGGCCGGCUGGCGGCGCUGCGGGCCGCCUUCAAGGACGACGUCAUACAUGAGAUGCGGAGGCAGCUGAGGCAGGCCAAGUCUAAACUCAGAGAAGUCGCAGAAUCAAAAAGCCUCAACACUAACAAGGGCCUGCAUCACGAUAUCCAACACAAAACGUCCGCGUCUUACGAUUCACUGACCAUUGCGUGUGUUCAACAACAACCUCGUCGAAAUGGUCGAAUUAGACCAGACAUGGAUAUGAACAUCAACUGGGACAACAAUAGCGCAAUAUGCGAUGGUUCCGGAGAUGAUGCGUCUUCGAAGUCAGGAAUGGUAACGUCAACGCCAAACGUGAGUCGAGAAGAGAAAAUGGAUAUAAGGAAUUACAGCGAUGUUUCUAUAAUAGAAAGAUCUCCUUCACCACCCCUGCUCAUAUCAGACAGCUCGAUAGACCUCCGAGGAGUUUCGCAGAAACUUGAGAUAUGUGGAACGAAAUGCGACUGUGACCCUCACGCCUUAGACGAUAAGAGGAAUAAAUCUAAGAUCCUGAACAAAAGUUUAGCUAAAAAUAUUGAGGAGUUCAAUUCUGGGGAAAUAAAACAAGAGCAAGAACACGCCUCGCGCGCACAAGAAUUGAAGAACAAGGAGGAGACGAUACGAAUACAGGAAGAGAGUCUAUCGCUAGCUGAAGCGCGCAUUGCCGCUCUCGCUUCCAAAACUCAGAACAUGAUUCACCAAGAGCAGCAGACAAACCCUUUGCUGGUGCGUAGUUCAGCGGACGGCAAUCACGUGGACAUGAAGGAUGUAUCCGCGACAGUACAGGAUGAGUCGAAGAUCGUGAAAACGCUUCGCGACAACUUGUGCGUGAUCGAAGAACUCUAUAGGGAGUGCUUCUAUGAGACAGCCAAACAGGAAGAGUUGAUAGCGAUGUUAAGGAGGUCGUACUUGGACAUGAGGCUCGUGGACAGACAGAAGUCCGACCAGAUCGACUUCUUACAGAACACGUUAAAGACACAGAAAAGCUCGAUUGAGCGUUACGAGGACAUUGCUAUGGAAGUGGAAAACCUGAAAAUGGAAAUAACGAACUUCUUAAACAGCUCAACGAAUAAUGACUCGGGUGUGUGGGAAAGCGAGCCAGUGGCUGAUUUACGUGACAUUGCGGACCAGCUGCUUCGUCUGCAAGAUCUCUUGCGGACUGACUGCAUUUGCGGAUUAGAAGAGGAAAAUAAGAAACUCAAGCAAAAAAGCGAAACCAUGGAGAUCCAGAUAAAUAACUUACAAAGGAAGGUGAGUGAGCUGGAACUAGCGUUAGAAGACAAGGAGAACAUUGAUCAGAAGUAUCAGAAGCAGAUCGAGGAGAAAGAGAAGGAGCUGCAUCGCAUAAGAGAACAGUUCACGGCGUUGGAAAAAGGAACGCGGGAUCAAGGGUCAGCUUGCGACACGCUGACUUUACAGCUUAAACAACUUGAAAAUAUGCUAAACGAUAAGACUUUAGAACUAUUGGCGACGGAGCAGAAGGUUGAGUCGCAAGAGGCGACGAUUAGGAAUUUACGGGAGGAGCUCCACAGGACGAACCUUAUUGUAAAAGAGAACCAGCAGGUCCGUGAGGAGGUGUCGUGUCUCUCAGUGCAAGUGUCGCGGUGGCGCCAGCAACUGGCAGACAGUCGCUGUCGGAUGCAGGAGCUGGAUGAUGAGUUGAGACGCGCACGAGAGCACUGUCGACACCUCGCUACACUGUACAGAGAGAAGGCGCGCUCGGCCGCCGCGCUGCAGGCGCAACUCGGCGAGGCGCAGGCGCGCGGCGCCGAGCUGUGCGCGGACGCGCAGCGAGCCACCGCCGCGCUGCGCCGCUGGCUCGUGAGGCAGCGCGCGCGCCGCAGAGAGCAAGAAGACAAAAUAAAAGAACAGGAACGAAUAAUUCAAUCACUGCAAUCAAACGAACGUACAAGUGUGAGCGAGAACGAACCAUGCUGUUCCAAGUAUCUGCCUCGAGCGGAAGCAAGACAGAGCGAUCAUAGUAGCUUGCGUGCGAGCGAGACAGACUGUUCUAAGUAUCAGUCACGAGUGGGAAUGAGACGGAGCGAUCGCAGCAUACGUACGAAUGAGACGACAGGAUGUUCCAAAUGUGCGUAUUCGAGACUCAAUCUGCGGACGAGUGGGAGUGAUGCAGCCAGUCCACUACCUCCCACUCCGCCGAGAAGAUUGCUACGGAAGAAACCUUUAUGUGUUGAAAGGCCGUGUCAGUGUCCGCUGACGCGCACGGCUGCCGUACAGCGGCCCUCGCGACACGACGCGCUCUCGGACACUCGGAGUUGCGAGCUGUACGCGUGUCGCGACACUGACGCUAACUCGCGCGACGAGUCCAGUCCGGACGAGUUACUGGAGCGAGUGGAGCGCGCUCACGAAGCACUCUCCUCCGCACAGCGUCGUUGGGGACGUCGUAUGACAGAAACUCAGGAAAAUGAUUCGUGA